GGUUCUUGUCUCUUGCUUUGAAGGGUAAAAAACAUCAGAAAUUGAGAUUUGAGAAUGCCGGAGAUGGAUGGAUCAGUGAAACCUCCCCAAAUCUCCAAAAUGUUCCAGAAAUUCGCACUGGCUUUCAAGACUAAAACCAUCGAAUUCUUCGCAGAAGAAGAUGAAGACGACGAUGCCGACACCCUUUCCCUUCUCGACUCCGCCGAAGAAAUCAUCACUGGCCAAAGAGUCGUCGUCCUUAAACCCGAUCACCUCCCCAAACCAACCCCACCUACCCAACCUCAACAACCGCCACCCCGACCACAACCACAACUACAACAACAGCAGGAACAUCAGCAAUUAGUUCAGCUAAGUUCCAACGGAAAUCUCCAGAACAAAACCUUCCAAACCCUAAUCCCCUCCCUGUUCGUCACCAUUUCCUCUUUCGAGGCUUCCUACCUGCAAUUCCAGACAGCCCACGCCCCCUUCGAUGCCGACAACAUCGAGGCUGCCGAUAGAGCUGCCGUCUCACACCUCCAGAAGCUAUCCGAACUGAAACAAUCUUACAGACACUUCUGCAAGCACCCAACUACCCUCAAUCCCCCUGGAUUCCCUAUCAUUUCUCCUCUGGAAGCUCAGGUGGAGGAGAAUCAGAGCUUGCUCCGUAGUCUCGAGCUGGUCGUCCACAGGUUGCAGUCCGAUAUCGAUCUUAAAGACGCCGAGGUUUACACAUUGAAGCAAAAGUUACGGAAGACUGAAAAAUCCAAUUUGAGAUUGUCCAAGAUGUUGUCUAAUUCUAAUUCUAAUUCGAAAACGAAACCCAAUUCUUGGCUGUCCUCGUCUUUUCUUCCUGCUUCUCCUGAGGUCAUGCUGUCCGUUGGAGUCUUCGAUUCGGUGUUGCAGGACGCUUGCAGAUCCUCACAUAGUUUAACCAAGCUCUUGAUUGAUUUGAUGAACAAAGCUGGGUGGGAUUUGGAUUUGGCCGCAAAUUCUCUAUAUCCAGAUGUCAAGUACAGCAAGAGAAGCCACAACCGGUACGCUUUCCUCUCCUAUGUCUGUUUGUUGAUGUUCCGAGGUUUCGAUUUGGAGGGUUUUGGUUUGGCAGGGGAUGAGGUUCAAUGCAACGGCUCUGAAUUGUCGAGCGUUCGGCGGAAGAAGUCUCUUCGGCAAUUCGUCGAGCAUGGAACAGGAGAUGCGAUGGAGCUUCUGAGUAGGGACCCUAGCAGCGAUUUUGCAACAUUUUGUGACAAGAAGUACCAACAACUUGUCCACCCCACGAUGGAAUCCUCCCUCUUCAGAAACUUGGAGGAGAACGAAGUGGUGUUGGAUUCCUGGAGGUCAUCCUCUGUUUUCUAUGAAUCGUUUGUGACCAUGGCUAGCUCAAUAUGGAUGCUUCAUAAAUUAGCCUUUGCGUUCGAUCCCGUUGUUGAGAUUUUUCAGGUGGAGAGAGGGGUUGAUUUCUCGAUGGUUUAUAUGGAGAAUGUCACGAGGAAAGCACUGUCUCCUGGUAAAACUCGACCCAAGGUGGGAUUCACAGUUAUCCCAGGCUUCUGGAUUGGGAAAACUGCCAUCCAGUGUCAGGUGUACCUAACUGGCAUGAAAUGUGCAGAGCAAGUGUUUCCUGAUUUUCCAGUGUGAAGAACAAAUAGCGUGAGUAGAAACAUUUUGCAGAUUCAGUUUUUCUGUAGAGGCGGACCAAACGGAUAUUUGAGUAGAACAAGAUUUGAUCUGUGAAGAGUUCGUUCGUUUGUUGGGCAUCCAGAUCGAUUCCAGAACUUGGAACAAGACCUGGAAUCUGGUGGAUGCCUCCGGCUAGAAAGAAAUAAACAAAGCAUUGAGAUACCACAAUAUAAAAGGAGAACUUUGGCUCUUUUCUACCAAAGCAUUGCACUGUGAAUCACUCUGUUUUUCAAAUUCCUGAGCCAUCUUCUCCUCGGAUGAUGAUUUUAUUCGGCUUUCCACUUGCAUCUUUCAAUUGGAUUCCAGCUGAGUUCCCCAUGUAGAGCUGGUUGUAAAGCAUAGUUUCAUGAUUUUUUCAAUCUUUUCUAUUGGUUACAUUACAGAUAUGUAUCUAAAUUCCUAGUGUUAUUCUAAAGUAUCAACAUAAGUUAUGGGCUCAGUUGAGUAUUCA